UCCUUCCCCCAGCCCUUACCCCCUUCCAAAUGACAUCACCAGUCCCAGCCUGUCUGUGGACCUAGGGGUGUUGAUUUAUGGCCCCGACCUUCCCCUGACCUCCCUCCCCUCACCCAACUCUCCCCCUCCCCAAGGACUCACUGUAGCUAUGGCAACCAGUAGACCAUGGAUUUGAACCAAUAAGGAGAGGGGGCGGUCAGAGCAGGCAAUUUUGCAUGCUCGGGCAUGUUCUGAGCCUUGAACAUAUUCUGAGUUUUGAACAUGGAAGCAGCCAGCACUCCUAAGAGUCCUGAGGAAUUAACCAAGCAGCCAACUGUAGACAUGGAAGCAGCCAGCACUUCUAAGAGUCCUGAGGAAUUAACCAAACAGCCAUCGGUAGAGGUCCCUAACCCUCAAAAGUGCUAUAUUAGCACGAGUUCUGAUGAAGGUAAUGGUUUUCCACAUGCUAAAUUGCUAAAAGAGGAAGCGAUUGAGGUCAACAAAAGAUGGAUCAGCAAGUUGGAGACGAUUGCCUCUGAUAAUGCUGUAAUGCCGGGACCUUCAACAACUGAAAACUCUGCUGAAGUUUAUCCACAGCCACCACCACCAACAGCUCUGUGGAAAAUGGCAACAAUAGGAAGCAUUCAAAUGCAGGAUUCUGCAGAUCUGACAUCAAAUCAACCCAGCCACCUCAUCCUUAGAAGUAUUGUGGGCAUUCAAGCGGAUGAAACGGACAAUAUUUUACCAAGAAAACGUAGGGGAGCAAUGAAAGGGAUUGUUAGGGCAACUGUUUAUGCCAUUUUAAAGCACUGUUUAAGGCAACACAUGCGGGAGGCUUGUCUCAACUGUGUCAUUGAUGCCCCGGGACAAACAUCCCAUGAGUGUCUUUUCUGGACACAAAGUGACCUCUCUAAGAAGUUAUGAUUUAUCUGUAAAAAAAUCUGUUUUAAAAAUGUCCUCCAUGUUGUUAUCUUAACAGCCUACAGCUUGAAUUGUCUUGUUCUAACACAAGAAACUGUUAAUGAGGUUUUAAAUCUUGUCACUGAUGUAUCUAGAUCCCAGGACUCUGUUAAAAUUGUUGAUCAGAUCCUGAAGAGCACUGAUCAGUCAUUUUUAAAACAUGUUGAAAGUGUCAUCAGCAACAGGGGUUAUAGAAGUUUUUUCACCUCUCAUUUUUAGAGGACAAAAUCUGUCCUCUAAAAUUGAGAAUGCAUGCUCCAUGUUGUUAUCUUAACAGUUUGAAUAGUCUUGUUCUAACCGUAAGACUAUGAAUGUUAAAGUUGUUGAAUAAUAACGUUUAUAUUAUGAAAACUUAGUGUGUGUAAAAUCUGUUGAAAACCAUGAAUUGAUACCUACCGGUAAUCCUAAAACAGCCUUCCUUUGUUCAUUACUUUAAACAGAAACAAUAAAAUACAUAGAUUCCCAGCAAUGCCCCAUGCCCCAGUCCCUCAGCAUGCUUUGAUUAAAACCAUGCCUAUAGAAAUGUUAGAAUUUCCAAGCCCCAAAACAAUCUAGAGGAUCUAACCCCCCCAACCCACUGAAUAAAAAAGGUUAUAUUGAAAACAGGUUGAGAUGUCAAUAAAGCUCUAAUGAACUAGGCUGUUAGUCACUUCACUGCCAAAAGAAAAUAAACAUUUUGUUUAAAGCCAUGCAGUCAUAACCUAACUAAAAAUAUAUAGAUGCAACAUACCAGCUUGACCUUGUUAAUGCACUUAUCCUGAGUGGAAAGUUAGAAAUUCCAAAAGCAUCCUAGAAAGCAGAAAGAUUUCCAUGCCAGCUCUGUAAAAGUUUUGGGAACAAAAAAAGUCUCCAUAAGAACAUAAGAAGAGCCUGCUGGAUCAGGCCAGUGGCCCAUCUAGUCCAGCAUCCUGUUCUCACAG